AUGCGUGAGAUUUUGCACAUUCAGGGAGGUCAAUGUGGCAACCAGAUUGGUGCCAAGUUUUGGGAGGUUGUUUGUGCAGAGCAUGGUAUUGAUUCAACAGGGAGUUACCAUGGAGACUCGGAUCUGCAACUUGAGAGGGUCAAUGUGUAUUACAAUGAAGCGAGCUGUGGCCGAUUUGUUCCAAGAGCUGUUCUCAUGGAUCUUGAGCCAGGAACGAUGGAUAGUUUGAGAUCCGGGCCUUAUGGUCAGAUCUUCAGGCCUGAUAACUUUGUUUUUGGCCAAUCAGGGGCCGGAAACAAUUGGGCCAAGGGUCACUAUACGGAGGGAGCAGAGCUCAUCGAUUUGGUUCUUGAUGUUGUGAGAAAGGAGGCUGAGAACUGUGAUUGUUUGCAAGGGUUUCAGGUUUGCCAUUCACUUGGAGGAGGAACUGGCUCUGGCAUGGGUACACUUCUGAUAUCAAAGAUCAGGGAGGAAUACCCAGAUAGGAUGAUGCUCACGUUCUCUGUCUUCCCAUCGCCCAAGGUCUCAGACACAGUUGUCGAGCCCUACAACGCCACUCUCUCUGUUCAUCAGCUGGUUGAGAAUGCAGAUGAGUGCAUGGUCCUCGACAAUGAAGCACUAUAUGACAUCUGCUUCAGGACACUCAAGCUCACCACACCAAGCUUUGGAGAUCUCAACCACUUGAUAUCUGCCACCAUGUCUGGUGUGACGUGCUGCCUCCGCUUCCCUGGCCAACUGAACUCAGAUCUCCGAAAGCUCGCAGUCAACCUAAUUCCCUUCCCCCGCCUCCACUUCUUCAUGGUGGGUUUCGCCCCUCUCACCUCUCGGGGCUCCCAACAAUACAGAGCCCUAACUGUACCAGAACUAACCCAGCAAAUGUGGGACGCCAAAAACAUGAUGUGUGCUGCAGAUCCUCGCCAUGGUCGCUAUCUCACUGCCUCUGCUAUGUUUAGGGGCAAAAUGUCCACAAAAGAAGUUGACGAACAAAUGAUCAACGUUCAAAACAAAAAUUCAUCAUACUUUGUCGAGUGGAUACCCAACAAUGUGAAAUCAACAGUUUGUGAUAUUCCCCCAACUGGUUUGAAGAUGGCUUCAACUUUUAUUGGGAAUUCAACAUCGAUUCAAGAGAUGUUCAGGAGGGUUAGCGAGCAAUUCACCGCUAUGUUUAGGAGGAAGGCUUUCUUGCAUUGGUACACAGGCGAGGGAAUGGAUGAGAUGGAGUUUACAGAGGCCGAGAGUAAUAUGAACGAUUUGGUCUCAGAGUAUCAGCAAUAUCAAGAUGCGACUGCUGAUGAAGAUGCUGAGUAUGAGGAUGAGGAAGAGGAGGUGCAGGAGAUGUGAGACAAAGUUGGCUGGAAUUUGGGUUGGAAAUGUGCAACUUUCAGUUGCCAUUCUUCCAGGAAUUGGGGUUGGUUUUGCUUUUUGGUGCCGAUAUUUGUACUUUUGAUGGCUGUGAAGGUUAUUUUAGUUCCUUUAAUAGGUACUCUAAGUGAAGGGAUUAAAUGUUGAAUGGUAUAUUUUGAAUACAACUAGAGAAUAUUUCCUCAAA